UUCAAUAAAUAUCAAUCAAAAGAUAAAACCCCAAAUCCGAAUUUCCCCUUUCUCCACAAAAAAAAAAAAAAGAAAACUUUCCGUUACUUCUUCUCCCUUGUAAUCUUCUCCCCUUCCUUACGAAACCCUUGUUAUAAUCAAACGAUAUAUAUAUAUAUAAAUUGGGGGAAAAAUUGGAGUUUGUUUGAAUCCAAGAACGAUUUCAAUGGAGUCGGAUACCUCGCCGGAUACGGGCUCACCCGUAUCUUCAUCGGACUUUGGGUUUGCUUUCAACGACGUCAAUUUCUCGGAUAGGCUUUUGCGGAUCGAGAUCCUACCCGACUUGCCCGGAUCCAAACCCGACGCGGAUGACAGCCUCGCCGAUUGGGCGCGUAAUAGGAAGCGCCGCCGCGACGACCAGCUCACAAAUGCUGUUGAACUGGCGGAUCAACGUGAAGAGCAGAUUUUGAAUGGCAAUAUGCCUGAUUUGGAAGAUGGUGUUACUUACGAAAAUCAAGAAGAAGUUGUUGCGAUGGUUGAGGAGUUACCCGUAGGUGGAGAAAUCGCAACAGAUCAAUCUGGUCAUGAAGCUGCCCAAAGAAAUGAAGCAUCCUCUAGCAUGGACUAUUUGACAGUUCAAGUUAAGACUAUACACAUCAGCUCUCCAAUUUUGGCAGCAAAGAGUCCGUUUUUCUACAAGUUGUUCUCAAAUGGUAUGAGAGAGUCAGAGCAGCGACAUGUAACCCUACGGAUCCAAGCCUCAGAGGAAGCUGCUCUCUUGGAUUUGCUGAACUUUAUGUACAGCAAUACUUUACCCAGAACUACACCGACUGCUUUACUGGACGUGUUAAUGGCUGCUGACAAAUUUGAGGUUGCCUCAUGCAUGAGGUACUGUAGCCGAUUAUUACGCAACUUACCAAUGACGUGUGAAUCAGCGUUGCUUUAUUUGGAUCUUCCUUCGACUAUUUUAAUGGCCGAUACAGUUCAGCCACUCACAGACGCCGCCAAGCAGUUCCUUGCUGCACGCUUCAAGGAUAUAAGCAAAUUUCAAGAAGAGGUGUUGAACUUGCCUUUAGCCGGAAUCGAAGCAGUUCUAUACAGUGACGACUUGCAGGUAGCUUCGGAAGAUGCCGUUUACGAUUUCGUCCUCAAGUGGGCCCGCGUGCAUUACCCAAAACUCGAAGAAAGAAAAGAGAUACUAAGCAACCGCCUGCUCCGUUUCGUUCGUUUUCCGUGCAUGACAUGCAGAAAGCUGAAAAAGGUGCUAACUUGCACUGACAUAGAUCAAGAACUUGCUUCCAAAGUAGUUAUGGACGCUCUCUUCUUCAAGGCAGAAGCGCCCUACCGCCAGCGUUCCCUCGUCGCGGAGGAGACCAAAGCCUCCUUCCGUCGCUUCGUGGAGCGGGCCUACAAAUACCGGCCUGUUAAAGUGGUUGAAUUCGAUUCGCCACGUCAGCAGUGCGUCGUUUAUCUUGAUUUGAAAAGGGAGGAGUGUGUGCAGCUGUUUCCUGCGGGUAGGGUCUACUCGCAGGCUUUCCAUUUGGGCGGGCAGGGUUUUUUCCUUUCGGGUCAUUGUAAUAUGGAUCAGCAGAGUUCGUUUCAUUGUUUCGGGAUGUUUCUGGGUAUGCAAGAGAAGGGUUCGGUUGCUUUUACGGUCGACUAUGAAUUUGCUUCGAGGACUAGCCCUUCUGAGGAUUUUGUGAGCAAGUAUAAAGGGAACUACACGUUCACUGGAGGGAAGGCUGUUGGGUACCGUAAUCUGUUUGGUACACCAUGGACCGCGUUUAUAGCCGAUGAUAGCCCUUACUUCAUUAACGGUGUUCUCCAUUUGAGGGCUGAGCUGACCAUCAAGAAAUGAAAUGAAUUCUCGAAGAAAAUGUGUUUCGUGUGUAGCUUUUCAAAUGGCGGAAUUAUUAGAGUAGUGGAACUAAAGUCGAAUGGCUAUAAUGUUUGUAUUAGUUGAGGGGCCAAGCAAGUUCUUUUCUUGACUAUCAAAUACUCAAGGAACUAUGUACAUACUUAUCGAUCUAUCUAUCGAUGUGUUUGAUAUUUCCGCA